AUCGACUCGAGCGCGCGACAGGAUCCCAAAUGCUCGAGGACUCCCUCAGCUGGGUCCACAUUGCUCUCUUUGUCGUCAUCGCAUGCGUGUCUGUCCUUGUCAUGGGACUCUUCUCGGCCGACAAAUUCCCUCUGGUCGACAAGCAUGUCUGGGUCGGCGGUGGCUCCGAGGGACUUGGCCUGGCUUUUGCAUGUCUUGUCGUCUCCGAGGGAGCUCAUGUCACGAUAGCCGCACGCAAUCAGGACAAGCUCGCCGCGGCAGUCAGACAGAUUGAGACCCACCGCACGAAUGGCAAGCAAAGGAUACAGUCCAUUCCCGUCGACCUUACCAGCGCAUCUGCCGUUAGCGCAGCCUUCGACCAAGCACAGCGUCACGACGACCGCGUGCCUGAUUAUGUCGUCUCUUGCGUCGGCGGCGCUGCUGGUGUACUAGGCUACUUUACCGAGCUAUCAGCUGAGCAGUUCGAAAAGGGAUGGCGUCAGAAUUACAUUGCUUCACUCUGGCAAGCACGAGAAGCGGCGAGACGAAUGUCACGACAAGCGGUCAAGGGCAAGAUCGUCAUCGUCUCCUCCGUGCUGGGCUACUUCGGCCUCGUCGGCUACUCUGCCUAUUCUGCACCAAAGCACGCACUCCGAGGUCUCACGGAUGCGCUACGGCAGGAACUCCAGAUGUACGGCAUCACUGCGCAUUGCUACUUUCCAGGCACAAUCUACUCGCCUGGAUACGCGGAAGAGGAAAAGACGAAGCCCAAGAUCACAAAGCAGAUGGAAGGCGCCGACGAGGGCAUGUCACCCGAAGCGUGCGCGCGCGCUCUUCUCGCCGGUCUGCAGAAGGGCGAAUGUCAUAUCACAUCCGACCUGAUUGGUCAUCUCUUCCGCAAUCGCAUGCGCGGUCUUGCGCCACGUUCGAAGCCCCUACUCGAUACGGGCUAUAGUAUCAUCGCAUCCAUCGCGAUACCCAUUUACCGCAUCUUUUCGGAUCGGGAAGUCAAAGCACACGCAAGGGAUCAUGUGCCGACUCUGACCACCAAAUGAAAUGCUUGUGUUGCUACAACAUGGUUCGCAG